AUGAGCUGGUCAAUCAAACGAAUACGCGACCUCGUGAAGAUCAGGUUCAAGAAACGAGCAUGUCUCUUCCAGAUCAAGGUCGCACGCGCUCUCAGGGAGAGACAAAAUGAUGUUGUUGCUAUUGCAGCGACUGGUUCAGGAAAGACCCUCUCAUUUUGGAUCCCACUUCUCAUGGCUCUCGAAGACAAAGAGGACAAGUGCAUCAUAAUUGUCACACCUCUGAACCUUCUCGGCAAACAGAACAUCGAUCUGUUGAGUGCGGCGGGCCUCUCUGGGAUAGCUAUCGAUAGAAGGAAUGCAACAGACGAAACAUUCCGAGACAUAAUUGCUGGGAAGUACCAUAUGAUGGUCAUCAACCCGGAAAUCCUCAUGCAGGAAGGCGGCCAUUGCGAAGGACUUUGGAAGACCAAGUCAUUCACAUCUCGCCUUCUUUACAUGGUCUUUGAUGAAGGCCAUUGCAUACACGAGUGGAAUUCGUUCCGAGAACAGUACAAAUAUCUUGGGAGUCUUCGCCAACUCAUUCCCGAGACUGUUCCCUUCUACGUCACGUCUGCUACACUGCCAGACCCUCUCCUUGCGGAUGUUGCUGAGAUCUUACAGCUCCACAAAGGGCAAACCGAGCACAUCUUCCGCUCCAAUGAUUGCCCUGAUAUCGCACUCAGCGUUCGUCAAAUGGAACAUGCCGCACAUACCUUUCGAGAUCUAGAAUUCCUGAUCGCAUCGGACUUCAAGGAAGGUGACAUACUGCCUCCGAAAUUCCUCGUUUUCUGCAACUCUGUCAAAGAGACCGAGGCGGUAUGCAGGUACCUUCGCUCACGACUUCCGAAGGCCCUACAACGCGACAAGAUCAGAUACUUCCAUGCGAGCAUGUCAACAUUCUUCCGGAUUGACGAAUUCGAAGCCUUCAGGGAUGGCAACACCUUUGGUCUCUGUGUCACUGAUGCAUUUGGGAUGGGCCUCGACCUCACCGGUAUACAGGUGAUCGUGCAGUGGAAAACACCAAUGAGCAUGAACACCCUCUGGCAGAGGUUUGGGCGAGCUGCGAGGGGACCUGGCGAAUACACCUUUGCAUUCCUCAUAGCCGAGAAGCAGUAUUUCGAUGAGGAGGUCCAGAAGAAACUCAAUGCGAAGGAGAAGAAGCGAGAGCGGGAGAUGCGAAAGAGACAGAAGAACAUCACUCGGGACUCACCACAGAAGAAGAAAGCAAAGCCCAACCCAAAUGAUCGUCCUCGUCCAUCUACAAGUAGUGCCAUUCCUCCUCUCGCCGCACCCACAAUCGCGGUUCAAGUCACAGAUGUUGAGCAUGCUUCGGUCUCCCAGCUUGGAAGUGGCAGUGAUGCGGACGACUCUGACAGUAACAGCGUGAACGCGGGACAACCAACCGGUGUCACAGUCCCAAAGAAAGACAAAGGGGAGCGCACGCCUCAGCCGGCGAUUCUCGACUUCAUCAACGCAGACGUUCGCAAUAUUGGUUGUCGAAGGAGGGUCAUGACAUUAGUGUAUUCAAACGAUAAGCACACCUUUGACCACAGGGAGUGCGAUGACAACUUACCUUCUGGUUGCUCACGCUGCGCUCCGAUGACCUCGAUUGUAUGCUGCGACCUAUGCGACCCCACUGCAUUUGCCGAACUCACAAUCUCGGGCACUCGAUCAACCCGCGCACUACGGAAGUCGACGAUCAAGAAAUACAAUCCAGCUCAACAAGAGAGGGACCUCCGGCACGCUCUCCUGAAGUGGCGGGACGAGGAAACAGUUCGAGUAGUCGGGGCUGCCGCGCAACAUAUUCACGGAAGCAGUGUUACCCUCCCACUUCCCAUCCUUCAAUGUAUUGUCGACUGUGCUCAGGCUGGUAAGCUUGCAUCGACGGAGGACUUCAAGCACAAAGUUCAGGUACGGGCCGAUUGGGCAAAUCAAUAUAUGAGCACUAUACUCGAAAUCGUCUGCCAGAUCUACCCCCCUGUAGCGGCCUCGGAGGAGCAGCCAGCCACGGUGCCAUCUGCUGCCAGUGGUGCUCCUAGUCACCUACCGCUGGACUCGCCCGCAGCCGCCUCAAGUAGUAGUACCAGGCAGACAAAGACAUGGCAGCCACGAAAGCGGCCGACCUGUAGUGUUUGUGGACAAGUCGGGCACAUCAGUGAGUGUAGUGCUUCUGUGCCCCUACAUGUACUGAUAGUAACUUGA